GGGAGGAGGGCAGUUUCUGGGCGCGCGUCUUGCCGUCGGGCUCCCGCCUCACGGCGCGCGGGUCUCUCGCCACCCCCUGUUCUGCGGAAUUCUCUUUGGCUUUCCUGCUGGUGUGCGGCCUUGCGCGACAUUCGCGGAUGGCGCUGGGUUGAUGGGUUCCACGGCGAAGAGGUAGAUCUGGCUGGAGGUGAUACCCACUGUUACCUGUGGUUUUCGGCAUAGCCUAGCACCAUAGUGGGGGAUGCAAAGCCAGCAUCAAGGUGACUGCCAGCCACUUGCCGGCAUUUUUCAGACGUGGAGUAAAGCACGGGCGGUGGGUGUGUCCAUCUCGCCGAGUUGGGGUGGGCAAGCCUUCAGUCUCCUCGGGGUUCCUAUUGCGAUCAGCCAGCGGGUGGGCAACAGGGGCAAGGGAUCGUUGAGUAGGGAGCUCGAGCGCGACUCGUGGGGGGGGUCGUAGACACGUGGGUGCGGGUCCCCGCCUUUGUGAUUAGUAUACCUCCCACGUGGGCUAACAUUUGAAGCAGUAGUAUAGGUCAAGGAUCGGGCUUCCAGUCAUCAUCAUCGCCGGGCGUCGGGCGUGGCUGUAUGCGUGUGUGUGUUUGUGGAGAGCAGACGUCCGCGCCAUUAUUUCUAGGCAGCGACUUGAAGGAAGUCGGUGGUGCUAGUGUGGUGUGGUGGCCGGUGCUCGCGCUCGGGUUUUGGCAUCUCGGUUCUCGGUUCUGCAUUACUGGUGUUGUCGUCACCGUUGCUCAGCGCUAAUAGCGGAGGCAGGGGAGAGAGGGAGGUGGGGGGGGAAGUGGGCUGCCCGGCAAGCGAGGAAAGGGGGCGGGGGAGGGGAAAUCAUCCUGGCAGUCGCGAUCGGCGGUGACCAGGAUGACGAUCAUCACUAGCGCGAGCGGGCUACUGGCCAUGCUAGACGAGGAGCAAGACGAAUUGAAGAUUCAUGCUCUCAAGAACUUGAACCUUCUUGUUGACCAGUUUUGGGCCGAGAUCUCCUCCAAUAUCUCCACGAUCGAGAGCUUAUACGAGGAUGACACAUUUCAACAACGAGAGCUGGCCGCUCUGCUUGCGUCUAAGGUGUUUUACCAUCUUGGAGUGCUGAAUGAAUCACUGACCUAUGCUUUAGGAGCAGGCUCCCUCUUCAAUGUCGCGGAAGAUUCUGAAUACGUCCAGACUCUUGUUGCAAAAUGCAUCGAUGAGUAUGUAUUGUUAUCGGUCAAGGCCUCAGAGUCACGGGAGGAGGCACAGCCCAUGGACCCAAGACUGGUGGCAAUCGUUGAGAGAAUGCUUGAAAAGUGUCUUAAAGACAAGCAAUUCCAGCAAGCAAUCGGAAUAGCCCUGGAGUGCCACCGCCUUGACAAGCUGGAGGAGGCAAUACUAAAAAGUGAUGAUGUCCCUGCUAUGUUGCAGUAUACAUUGAGAGUGUCGCAGACACUUGUCAAUCGGCGAGAGUUCAGGCGUCAGGUUUUGAAGACUAUUGUCAAGCUCUUUCAGAGUGUGCAGGCACCCGACUAUGUGAACAUCUGCCAGUGCCUUAUGUUUCUUGAUGACCCUGCAGGAGUUGCAUCAACUCUCGAUCAGCUCGCCAGAGGAGACGUGAACGAUGCAUUGCUGGCCUAUCAAGUGGCAUUUGACCUCUUUGAGAAUGAAUUUCAGCAGUUCCUUCUCAAUGUGCGUGAUCGCUUGCCGGACCCAAGGGCACAGGCAACCGCAGUGUUGGAGAUGGAUGCCGAGGCUGCGGUUUCGGGUGCAACAGGCUCUCGAACGGCUGAGAAUGGUGCAGAUGAACUUAGGCAAGGUGAUGAAGGGACGGCGAUGGAGACAGAAGAUGAUUCCAGGGCACAAAGGGGCGAGGAGCCUGCUGAGACCAGUAAUGGAUCAUUUGAAGGCAGAGAAAGCGACCAGGAUUCUGUGGUAUAUCGGGACAGGAUGUCCAAGCUCAAGGCAGUUCUUUCGGGGGAAACGCCUAUCAACUUGACGUUACAGUUCUUGUACAGUCAUAACAAGUCUGAUUUGCUUAUUUUGAAGAACAUCAAACAGGCAGUGGAGAUGCGCAAUAGUGUGUGCCAUAGUGCCACAAUAUAUGCAAAUGCACUAAUGCAUGCGGGGACCACUGUCGACACGUUUUUGAGAGAGAACCUGGAAUGGCUAAGUCGCGCAACCAACUGGGCAAAAUUCAGUGCAACGGCAGGACUGGGGGUUAUUCAUCGUGGUCAUCUUCAGCAAGGUCGGUCAUUAAUGGCACCAUAUCUCCCUCAGAAUGGAGGGAGCCGAAGUCCUUACUCCGAAGGUGGUGCCCUCUAUGCGCUUGGCCUGAUUCAUGCAAACCAUGGUGAGGGCAUCAAGCAGUUCCUUUUGGAGAGCUUGCGAAAUGCGGGGAGCACAAAUAAUGAGGUUAUACAACAUGGUGGUUGUCUGGGCCUAGGACUUGCAGCCCUUGGUACUGCGGAUGACGAGAUCUACGAGGACAUAAAGCAAGUGUUGUACACAGACAGUGCAGUUGCUGGGGAGGGCGCAGGUAUUGCUAUGGGUCUGCUGAUGGUGGGAACAGCGAGUGAGAAGGCGGGUGAGAUGCUGGCGUACGCGCAUGAUACAACACACGAGAAAAUCAUCCGGGGACUUGCUAUUGGCAUAGCACUUAUCAUGUAUGGGAGAGAAGAAGAGGCAGAUACACUGGUUGAGCAGAUGACAAGGGACCAGGAUCCGAUUCUGCGCUAUGGUGGCAUGUAUGCUCUGGCUAUGGCAUAUCGGGCUACAGCUAAUAAUAGUGCCAUUCGACGACUGCUGCAUUUUGCUGUAUCAGAUGUCAGCGAUGAUGUUAGAAGGGCUGCUGUCCUGGCCCUGGGCUUCGUACUUUGCUCAGAGCCAGAUCAGUGUCCUCGGAUUGUCUCGCUAUUGGCGGAAUCGUACAAUCCACAUGUGAGAUACGGUGCUGCAAUGGCUGUUGGCAUCUCCUGUGCCGGCACGGCUCUUCCGGAGGCUAUCUUAUUGCUGGAGCCCUUGGCGUCAGAUGCGGUUGACUUCGUUCGGCAGGGUGCCCUCCUAGCAAUGGCCAUGGUUCUGAUGCAGACAACAGAAACAAGGGAACCACGUGUAGGGACCUUCAGGAAACAAUUGAACAAAAUUGUGGGCGAUAAACAUGAAGACACCAUGAGCAAGAUGGGUGCUAUCUUGGCGGCUGGAAUAUUGGAUGCUGGUGGGAGGAAUGUCACCAUAAUGCUGAGGUCCCGGUCAGGUCACGACCGCAUCACAGCGAUUGUCGGGAUGGCAGUUUUCACGCAGUUCUGGUAUUGGUACCCCUUGAUCUAUUUCAUAAGUCUCUCGUUUGCACCAACUGCCUUGAUUGGGCUUAACGAGGACUUGAAAAUGCCUAAGUUCCAGGUGCAGUCGACUGCCAAGCCAUCCCUGUUCGCGUACCCCGAUCCCGUGACGGCGCCAACGACAACAACAGCGACGCGGGUGGCCACUGCGGUUCUGUCAACUGCCGCAAGGUCGAGGGCCAGGGCAAAGAAAUCUGACAAGGAUGCAUCGAUGGCUGCAGCAGAGGUCAACGGUAGCGCGGUAGAGAAGGUGGCCGCCGACUCUAUGGAGGUGGAGGAUGGCGGUAUAGAGAAAACGAGCUCAAAGGAUGCUGGCACAGGGCGAACCGAGGCAGCUGUAGAGCAAACGCCGGAACUGAUAAGUAAUCCGGCAAGAGUGGUGCCAGCGCAGGAGAAGUACAUCAGGUUCCCAGAGGGGUGCAGGUACAUGCCUCUGAAAAAGCUGCCUGCAGGCUUUGUAAUGCUGAAGGACAUGCAGCCCUCAGACCCGCAGGAUCUUGUUUCAGCGGAUGGUCCGUCUGGGGGAUCUAGUGCUGUUGGCGGUCCGGGUGGUGGAGGAGCUGCUGGUGGGGCAACACCAGGCACAGCGCCUCCGAAGCCUGUAGAGGAGGAGGAACCUCCACCCCCUGAACCUUUCGAGUACGUUCCAACGAACUAAACGGGUUGUUUUUCAUGCCUCUUGCAAGAGGAAGGGCGAGAAGGGAACAAGUUAUGGGGUAUUGAAUCGUGGAAAUUGGUGGUGAAGGACCUGAAGGCCGCAGAGACGGAAAGAAAAUGGAUGUGAAUGGCGGCGGGCGCACUGGCUCUGAGAUGUGGCGGGGGAGGGAUGGAUGUUCAAUGCGAAGAGAUCAGUUUGCCCGUGGUGAAGCAGUGCCGUUAACAGCUUGCCAUUUCAUCCUUCACAGGGGAGGAGCGUGUUCGCUGCAAUCGUAUGCGGAGGACCUCUCACGUUUGAGAGGUAGAGUUUUUUGGGUUGGGGUUUUAUUUGAUAGCCUUCUAUAGAUUUUGCUGUGUUUGGUCCAUAUACCGACUCAGGUGUCCUCAGUAGCGAAGCUUGCUGUCAUGUGGAAAGUGAAACUCGCGAGCUCUCCGUAGCAAGAAGGGGUUACAAGGCUUGUGGCGCCGAGUGUUUUCUUCCCAUCUUCAUGAGAGGAGGAUGGAAUUCAAAAUGCAAAUGCAAUUUGCCCUUAGGCUGAAUCCUUUUUUUUUUCAUGUGUUCCCUUGGUGUGCAAGUCAUCAGUAGUGAAAAGCAGGUACAGGGUUUUUGGUAGCAUUUCGUUCCAUUUCUGGGGAGCAACAUAGGUCCGAAAAAGAGAUGUGUUUUGCUUAUUCCUCUUUUUUCAAGUUUUUUGAUGGUUUCAUCGCUCGAAAUGGUAUGUGAGGUGUGUUUGGUGCCUUGCAGAUGUCGAUGUUUGCUCUCAGCUCACACCACUAGGUGACCAAUAUGCACGAAGCAUCGCUAAGCAGGGGGCUCUUGUGCCCUUCAUUGCACCCUGCACGAUAAGAUGCUCUGAAAGGUGGCAAUUGUCGAGUGUGUCGUCUUAACGAAUGGCAUCGUUGACCAAUGCUUGUGAAAAUAUGUGCAUGGAUCUGGGUGUCAAUGUCAAGGGCAUUGUUGACCAAUGCUUGUGAAAAUCAAUCUGGGUGUCAACG